AUGGCCAAGACGAAGAAAACAUCAGGCAACAAUCAGAAAGACGGCAAGAAGAAAAUGGCCAACGGAAAAUCAACACCCUCCCCGGAACAGCUCUACGCGUCGGCACUGGAACUGGUCGAGCAGUCUCAGCCAGAGGAGGCACUCAGAGUCGCAAAGCAGCUGUGGUCUCAGGUGCAAAACCGAUCGGCCACUGAAGCACUUCCCGCCGUCAACCUGCUCGGAGAGAUUAGCAUAGAGCUGGGCGCGGUAGAUUCGGCCCGUGGUUACUUUGAGCAGGCCGUGCAACUCGACCCUGAAGGCAAGGUUCCAGAGGCUCUCGGUGGCGGCGCCGAGAAGUUCCUAUGGCUUGCACAACUCUCUGAAGAGGGUGGUAAGGAGAGUGUUGCAUGGUUUGAGAAGGGCGCCAAGGCUCUGCAGUAUGAAAUCGAGGCCAUCGAAAACCGGCAGGUUCAAGGUCUGACCGACGAGCAACUCCUCAUGAUGCGUGUCGACAAGAAGCGCAAACUGGCCAACGCACUCUGUGGUAUUGUGGAGGUCUACAUGACGGACUUAUCGUGGGAAGAUGAUGCCGAAACUCGAUGUGAGAACCUGAUCACAGAAGCCAUGAGCGUGGAGGACGAGACUAGUCCUGAGGUGCUGCAGACGUUGGCGUCUGUACGAUUGUCACAAGAGCGAAAAGAAGACGCACGAUCCGCGCUGAAGCGCUCGCUUGCAACAUGGAUCGACCUGGAGCCGGAGGACCCAGCUGUACCCGACUUUGCCACGAAGAUCUCGCUCUCAAGACUGCUCAUGGAGGCAGAGCUGGAGACGGAGGCAAUGGAAGUCCUGGAUCGGCUGAUACAGGAAGAUGACCAAAGUGUUGAAGCAUGGUACUUGGGUGGCUGGUGCCAACACCUGAUUGCUGAAGGCAGCAAAGACAACGCCGAUUGGAAGGACGAUUCAGCUAUGGAUACUGGAGCAGAAGGCCAGGCGUUGGCGAAUCAGGAGAAAAUGCAACUUGCGCUAAAAGGCAGCCGCCGGUGGCUCAACACUUCCCUCAAGCUGUACAAACAGCAGGAGUACGAAGAUGAGCGGCUUUUCGGGCAUGCCAAGGAACUCGUCGCUAAGUUGGACACGGUACUGGGCCCGGAAGACGCGCAGGCCGAAGGUGGAGAUGAAGAGGGAUGGGGAGAGGAGUGGGAAGGCAUCGCAGAGGACGAUGAAGAAGAGGAAGAAGAUGACGGGGAGGACCAACAGAUGAAGGAUUCUUAG